UCAGAGAGUUGCGACAACGUUGGACAGAAAACAAGGAGGUCUGCAUUUCGUGUUUAAAAUUAAUGACACCAGCAAUGCUGUGGACUUAAUAGUAAGAUACAAAUGUUUGUUCCAAGGUCUCUUAAGGUAAAACGCCCUUCAGAAAGCACACAUCACGUUCUCAAAAAAUGUAAAGCAUCUGCUGAAGAUGCAGAGGAUCUCCAAACUUGCCAGCAGAGUCAGACAGUGAUACCUGCUCAGGAGGACUGCACCUCUACAGUGGAUAGUUCAGAGGAGCAGGAAGAGCCAGAGCAGAAGAAUCCUAAGAACACCUGCCAGGAACGUGACCAGGAAAGCUCAGAGGCAAACGCACAAGAUACUGAAACAGAUGGUUCUUAUGAGGAAGAGCCAGUAAAGUGUUUCAAGAAAAGCCAGAGGUGGCCAGAGCCUGGGGAGCCAGUUUGUGUUUUAUGUGGUCGAUAUGGAGAGUAUGUCUGUGAUGCAACUGAUAACGAUGUUUGCAGUUUAGAAUGUAAAGCUGAACAUCUGAAUCGGGUUGGUGUAAAACUAGAGGCAACGGACGAGAAAGUGGAAAACGUUUCUUUAAGCGCGCCUGUGAAGGAUGACAAGUUUAAUUUUACCUACAGAGAGGAUCCUUUUAUAUCAAGUUUGACGGAAGAGCAAGUUGAAAGGCUAAAGCAAGAACUAGGAAUUGUAGUGCAGGGCCAAGAUAUCACCAGACCCGUUAUAGAAUUUGAACACUGUGGCUUCCCGGAUCAUUUAAAUGGCAAUCUAAAGAGAGGAGGCUAUGAAGUGCCAACCCCCAUCCAGAUGCAAAUGAUUCCUGUCGGGUUGGCGGGAAGAGAUGUGAUAGCCAGUGCUGACACAGGCUCAGGAAAAACAGCGGCCUUCCUGCUUCCAGUUCUAGUGCGAGCUCUAGAGGAGAGACAAGCAAACACUGACUAUGGACCUGCUUCUCUCAUUCUUACACCAACCCGAGAGUUAGCCAUACAGAUUGAGAGGCAAGCUAAAGAGAUGGUGAUGGGGCUGUCUAACAUGAGAACAGCCCUCCUGGUUGGGGGGAUGCCCCUGCCUCCACAGCUUCAUCGUCUCAAGCAGAGCAUUAAGAUCAUUAUAGCCACGCCUGGUCGACUCUUAGAGAUUCUGAAACAACAAGCAGUCCAACUAUGUGGAAUAAAGAUUGUAGUAGUUGAUGAGGUAGGUCCAGCUACAUGGAAUAAGAUUGUAGUAGUUGAUGAGGCUGAUACCAUGUUAAAAAUGGGUUUCCAGCAACAAGUGCUGGAUAUCUUAGAACAAGUUCCAGAGGAAUGUCAAACCCUGUUAGCGUCUGCCACAAUCCCGGCUGGCAUUGAGAAGCUUGCCAACCAGCUCCUGCGGAACCCAGUCCAGAUAACCAUAGGAGAGAAGAACCAGCCCUGUUCCAACGUCAGGCAGAUUGUCUUGUGGGUGGAAGAGCCAUCAAAGAAGAAGAAAUUAUUUGAAAUUUUAAAUGACAGCAAACUGUACCACCCCCCAGUGCUGGUGUUUGUGGACUGCAAACUUGGAGCGGACCUGCUCUGUGAUGCAAUCCAUAAAGUAAUGGAUCUAAAGACUGUGUCCAUUCAUUCAGAUAAAUCACAGAUAGAAAGGAACCGUAUAUUACAGGGUUUGCUUCAGGGAGAGUAUGAAGUGGUGGUCAGCACAGGAGUGCUUGGUAGAGGACUGGAUCUUGUCAAUGUUAAACUGGUUGUAAAUUUCGACAUGCCUUCCGGCAUGGAUGAGUACGUUCAUCAGGUUGGCAGAGCAGGAAGAUUGGGUCACAGAGGCACCGCCAUCACAUUUAUCAACAAUAACAACAAGAGGCUUUUCCUGGAGGUGGUGAACAGAGUGAAACCAACAGGCUCCCUCCUCCCGCCACAGCUCCUCAAUUCCCUGUACCUUCACGAGCAGAUGAGAAAGGAAAAGCAGAGGAAAAAGCAUGGCGAAGGUAGCACUGUAACAAAGGACAAUCUCAUGGACAUUAUCAGAAAACACGACAAGAGUGAAAACAAGAAACGGAAGUUCUAGAACUCGGCUAUGCCAAUAAUGCAAUAAAUGUUGUUUUUUUUCAAGUUUUCAAAAUAAAUGGUAUGCAAUUAA